AUGUUUUCUUUUUCUGCUGCACAAACAACAUCUAGUGCCACAUGGCCCAAACACAGCCCCAUGCCUAACAACUACCAUCAGUUCCAGGCCUUGGUGUUUGCUGUCACGGAGAUCAACAAGGAUCUGGUUCUCCUCCCCAACAUCUCCCUUGGCUUCCACAUGUAUGACAAUGUCCAGUGGGAUAGGAGGAUUUCUUUAACCAGCCUCCUUUUGCUCUCCACACAUGGCCAAAUGGUUCCAGGUUACAAAUGUAACCAGAAGGAGACCCUUUUCUCUGUCAUCGGGGGUGACAACCCAAAAUCAUCAAUGGUGAUGGCUUCCAUCUUAAGCAUCUUCAAGGUCCCACAGUGGAACUGGGUUGGACUUCUGGCCUCUGAAAGUGAGAGUGGAGAACAUUUCAUUUCAACUCUGAUGCCGAUGCUCAAGGAGAAGGAGAUCUGCCUGGCCUUCACUGAAAUGAUGAGACAUAAUAAUGAUAAUGUGCUCGAGUUCCUUUCAUAUUCCAAAACAUGGCUUAAAGCUGACAUCACUGUUUUCUUUGGAGACUCUGCAACUAUUACACAUUUUCAGUGGCUUCUGGACCAUUAUGUAUAUCACGAAACGGAACCACUUCAGAACGUUUGGAUCCUAACUUCCACUUGGAAACUUAUUGCAAUGGAAAAUAUAGAUAUAUGGCAUUCUCUAAAGCCCUUGCAUGGGGCUUUGCAUUUUAGGGACCACACUGGUGACAUCGCAGAAUUCAGCGAUUUCAUCCUGUCUUUAGAUCCCUUGAACCCACAAGGGGAUAUGUUUCUCCCGUUAUGGUGGGAAACGGUCUUCGCAUGUGAAUUUCACAAACCAGGUAAAUUUUAUCCAGGGGGGAUGAAAUACUGUACAGGGAAGGAGAACUUACAAAAUGUACCAUCUUCCUUGUUUGAAACAAGCAUGACUGGUGAAAGUUACAACAUCUACAAUGCUGUUUAUGCUCUGGCACAUGCAUUACAUGCAAUAUAUGGAUCUGAAGGACGACCAGCCAUGAUGAGGCUUGGAAAGAGGAACUCAAAUGUCCUGUCAUGGCAGGGCCAGCAGGUCUGCUGCUAUCAAUGUGCCCCUUGUCCAGAAGGGACCAUUUCUAAUCAGACAGAUGCAGCUCGCUGUGACCCCUGUCCAGAAGACCAAUAUCCCAACAAGGACAAAGAUCACUGCAUUGCCAAGAAGAUUCACUUCCUUGCCUACCAAGACACCCUUGGAUACACUUUAGUUUCUCUCACUCUUUCUCUCUCUUUGAUCACAUUGGCAGUUCUGGCAAUUUUCCUUAAACAUCGUGACACCCCAAUUGUCAAGGCCAACAACCGAGAUCUCACCUACAUCCUCCUGGUCUCCCUUCUGCUCUGCUUCCUCUGCUCCUUCCUCUUCAUUGGUCAACCCAGGAAGUUCACUUGUCUCUUCCAACAAACUACCUUUGCCAUUCUCUUCUCCCUAGCAGUAUCUUCUGUGUUGGCAAAAACUGUCAUGGUGGUGCUGGCCUUCAUGGCCACAAAACCAGGGAACAGUACAAGUAAACUCUUAGGAAAACAAUUGACCUACUCCAUUAUCUUAGCCUGUCCCCUAGUCCAAGCAAUUCUUUGUACCACCUGGCUGGUAACCUCUCCCCCAUUUCUCAAUUUGGACUUCCACUCCUUGGUAGGAGAGUCAAUCCUGGAAUGUAAUGAAAGCUCAGCUUCAAUGUUUUACGCUGUCCUUGCCUACCUGGGUUUCCUGGCCCUCAUCAGUUUCACUGUGGCCUUUGUGGCUAGGAAAUUGCCUGACAGCUUUAAUGAGGCCAAGUUCAUUACUUUCAGCAUGCUGGUCUUUUGUAGUGUUUGGAUCACCUUCCUGCCCACCUACCUGAGCACCAAAGGGAAGUCCAUUGUGGCCGUGGAGAUCUUCUCCAUCUUGGCCUCUGGGGCUGGUCUCUUAGCUUGCAUCUUUUUCCCCAAAUGCUAUAUUAUCCUAUUUAGGCCAGAUCUGAAUCAGAGAAAAAAUAUAAUGGGGCACAAGAAUCUCUGA